UACAAAUAAAACACACACUUUUAAAAGUGUGAAAAAAUCAGAGACCGUGCCUAAUCGCAAUGCAACAAAUCCUCCAAAAUUCAAUGCAACACACCCACCACCGCCGAUGCCAACUGCGGAGAAAUUUUUAAAAAAUCUAACAAAGUUAAACUCAGUUAAAGAUCAUUCAUCGGACGAAAAAGAGCCCAAACUAAAUCAUAUUGAAUCAAUAAAAAAAUCUGAAGACAUUACUAGUACACCUGAAAACGGAGAAUACAUUGAAACCAAUCUAGAUGCACAAUUGGAAUUCGAGAUGAAAACCAGGGAUUUGACCAGUUGCAUGGAUAAAAAUUUUGAGCCACGAGUCUAUCGACGCGGUGAUUAUUGGGUAUUACAAAAUUACAUCCGUGCAGUUCAUGGAGAGAUUCGAUGCACGGAGAGUGUCACCUAUGUUACACAUGGCGAUUAUACAUUUUUAGACAACGUGAUACCGGUUCUUGAAAGGUGGUUAGCCCCGUUGAGCAUGUCAAUAUAUACGCCAGGCACUGAUCUUCAGCCAACAAUCGACUCAAUCAAAUAUUUGCGCCAGUGUUUGUCUAAAUCACAUCUCGUGCGAAAGUUAGCCACAUUUCACAUUUUCUUCGAUAGCGAUCAUAUGCCGAAUGUUGUUCCAAAAUCCAGUGAAGUUCUGUCAGAGCCAUAUUAUUGCUCUUUACCACCACCGUAUUUGAAUGUAAAAACGAAAAGUUUGUACAAAAAUCAACAAAAUAUGAUUUACCCCAUAAAUGUGGCUCGAAAUUCAGCUCGAGACGCCGCUCUCACUCAUUUCAUAUUUGUGAGUGACAUCGAAUUAUAUCCCAGUCCAGAUCUACCGCGUACAUUUUUGGAAAUGAUUGUUCGAAACGACCCACCAUUUAAUUCAACCAAACCGAAAGUAUUUCCACUUGGCAUUUUUGAGGUAGAUAAAUCAUCGCCAGUACCAUGGACAAAGACAGAGUUACAAGAUUUAUACAAAAAAGGCAAAAUUAUUCCGUUUCACAAGCAAAUGUGCGGUAAUUGUCAUCGAAUACCAGAGGCAGAUAAGUGGAUGCAAGCCAAUGAAACUGAAGGCUUGGACAUUUUUACGGUAGGUAAACGUAAAGGUAACUUCCGCCAUUGGGAACCGAUAUUCAUUGGAACUAAUGAUGAACCAUAUUAUGAUGAACGCUUGAGUUGGGAAGGAAAAUCAGACAAAAUGACCCAGAGUCGAAUCGUGUGAUAUCUUGACUACGAGUUUUACGUUCUGGACAAUGCAUUUCUGGUUCACAGACCUGGCAUCAAAACCUUCCAUUCUGAUAGGCGAAAAAUCACACUUUCAAGAAAAAGUAAUAAACUCAUCCAUGAUGUUAUUGAACCACAAUUGAAAAUUAUUUAUGGACAUAGAGACGGUUGCUAGUUUGAGAUACGAAAAGACUUCGUUCCAUAGUUAUUCGAUCUUCAAGCGUUUCACGGUUGUUUCAUUCGGCGCGUUUUACUGUCCUGAAAGAGUGAGUGAAAAUGUAAAUUCAAUGUAAUUUCCAAGUAUAAAUGGUUAAAGAAGAAACCAGGAAAUAGAACUAAGAGGAUUUCCUCAUGUUCACUGUUAAAAAAAUGUGAGAAUUCGUGUUGUUUUUCUCUAGACUUUAUCGAUAUUGUUUCAAUGAAAGCAAUGAGUAAUAAUGACAUGAUUUGAUUAUUAUAAAUUUCCUCAGUAGAAUACACGUUUUGAUUUGUAGCAAUAAUAUUACUCUAUUAUGUACUUGAAAGUGUGUUUUUUCCCGAAAAAGGUCUAUUUUCCUGGAAGUGGUUUUGGAUUAUCCGCGAAAGAAUUCAGGUGACGUAAAGCGCGAGGAAAGAAAAGGAGAAGAAAUAGCGUAUUUUUUUUGGUUAUUUCGAUAAAUGAUAUCUAAUUAGUACCCAUAAUAAAUUAUUUGUACCUCAGAGCUGUUUAUUCGUUAAAUCUGUAUCAAUAAUGCAUUUGGCUGAUUUUGUUCUGUUCAAUCAAAUCAAAGAAUUCACUUUUGAAGUAGUUUUCAGUGGGAUAUUCAAACUUAUGGCCAAAAAAGAACUUCCGGCAGCUUCAUACUAUUCUCCACUUCCAUUGGAUUUCAACGGUCAAAGUUAGGUCAAAGUGUCUUCAGUGUAACGGAAACUAAAUACGAGUGGAGACGAUGUGCAACAAACUCGUGUAGAAAAACUUUUUGAAUGGCGAAAGUUCUUUGCCUUGUCAUGAAGUGUUGCUUCUAAAUAUCAUUUAAGUAAAAAAAAUUAAUUUGUCUUAAGAAAAAGACAGCAUUAAGUAAGAACAAUAAGCAAAAUGACCGACGAAAAUUUAAAUUGUUCAAAAAUGUUUAUUGAAAUAUUUUUGUUAAAAGUUCACAUUUCAGAUGUUGCGCAAGAUAUUCAAAAAUAGUGUUGAUUUGUUUCCAUUUAAGCGUUGGCCGAAGCACCAGCAGAGGAUGAUGAACCACUACCGCCAGGUGGAAUAAGACCACCGAGACCACCGAGACCACCGAGAUCACCGAGACUUCCAGCAGUACCGUUAAUAAGACUACUGAUAUUGCCGAGACCACCUAGAAGAUCUUAGAGAACGAUUUCAGCUAGGCACUCAUUUCACACAUCAAUUAUCCUUCAAAUACUUACUGCCAGGUAGAACAGGACCACUGAGUUGUGGAAGAGCAACACAAGCUCCAGCGAAUAAAACAGCGAUAAUGAUGAAUUUCAUUUUGAUUUAGCUUUCAAUUGACCUCUCUUAGAUGAAGCUGACAAUUCGAAUGAUUUUCUCAUCGAUUCGAUCGUCUUUUAUACACAAUUUCUACCGACAAAUCCAACCAGAAAUUUACCACGAGCAAACAAAAUGUUGCGGAACUCGGCAAAUAUUUUGAACCAUUUGACGCAUUCAAUGGGGCAAAUUUAAAACAGAUUUUCAGACGCAAAUAUUGAAAUUUUGGCUAUUUUGGGAUACGUUUUCAGUUGUUCGAUCGAUUCAUUUUGCUUCGUUUGUUUUUCAAACCAAUGAAAAAAUAUUUUUGUUCCUUAGAACUCAAGAAAUAAACACAAGGCUAACAAACGUGGCACAUGUGA